CUCAGAGAGUUACUUUGGCAAACUUCUCAUGUGUUUUUAAUUUAGGUUUUUAAAUAUUUCAGAAAUUCAAUGCUCUUACAUAAUUAAAAUUGUGCUAGUUUCUUGUUCAGGUAGAAACUAGAAACCGGUGACGAACACUAAACAGUCAACUCAGUUCCGUCCGUUUGAGUGAAUGGAUGGAGUCGACAUCUCUGCGAAUUCGAAGCUUCGAACAACUUCCUUCGCCUAUGGAGUUCGAGUCUUUGAUCGAAUCCUCUAACUCUCCCGCCGUUUUUAAAGGUUGCGUUAACGACUGGAAAGCUUUUUCCAAGUGGAAGCCCUCCAAUGGCGGUCUCGACUAUUUGCUGGAACGGGUAGGAUCAUGUGUUGUGGAGGCUAUGCUAUCUAAAUCUGCACCCGUCUUCUACGGUGAUCUUAGAAGCCAUGAGAGGGUUGCUUUACCAUUUUCUGAUUUCAUUGGUUUCUGCAAGCUACGUUUGCAAAAUGCUGAAGAUGGUGCCGGUAGUAGUUUCGAAUUGGAAAGCCAUGGUAUAACAGAGUCUGAUUCUGUUGAUGGGUGUUUGACCAAUGACGGUGUUGCUCAACAAAUAUACUUAGCACAGGUGCCAAUUCUGCACGUAGAAAGUGAAGAUAAGGUUCAGUUGGAAACACUGAGAGAAGAUAUUAAUACGCCUGUAUUUUUGAAGGAAAAGGUUUUAGCUUCUGUCAACUUGUGGAUGAACAGUGCUCAAGCUAGAUCAAGUACUCAUUAUGAUCCACACCAUAACCUUCUAUGCUUAGUUUCUGGCUGUAAACGAGUGCUUUUAUGGCCUCCUUCUGCCAGUCCCAUGUUAUAUCCUAUGCCUAUAUUUGGGGAGUCAUCAAAUCAUAGUUUGCUUGCUGUAGAAAAUCCAGAUUUGUUAGUUUAUCCACGAGCAAAAUGUUUAAUGGAGUACUCACAGAAGAUUAUUCUCCAUGCAGGUGAUGCCCUUUUCAUUCCCGAAGGAUGGUUCCACCAAGUGGAUAGUGAUGAUUUGACUAUAGCAGUUAACUUUUGGUGGCCGUCCAAUAUUAUGUCGGGCAUGUCAGAACAUAUGGAUGCUUAUUAUUUGCGAAGGAUAUUAAAAAGACUGGCAGACAAGGAAAUGAAUGAAGUCCUGUGUAAGUUAUCAUCUUCAGAGAUACAGAAUAUGAAGAGGCAUACAUGUGCACUGCCUAGUAGUGGGGAAGCAGGUUCUAGCUCCGGUGAAUUGAAUUUGGCAUGUGGAAGAAAAGGUUUCAAAGGAAGAGAGCUGGAGCAGAAAACUAAGUUGAAUGAUCUGGAAUCACAUGCCAUUCAGGCUCUUCACGAGCUUGUUUCUUUAGUUCAUGAUCGCAUUAGCGCUGCAGAUUGUGGUGAACUUGUGCAAUCUGAACCAAUAAGAAGUUCUGCUGUUAGUGCUGAAGUUGAAAGUAAGAAAGCUACGAGAACUAAUUCUUUUUGCUUAGAAGAUGAUCCGGCCGCUAAAAUCCUGUGGAACCUUGAAGCAAGCACACUUGAAAGUGUCUUUCUUGCCAUGGCGUUUAACUUCCCAAGAACUCUAGAGGCUUUAAUACUUCACUUGCUUUCACCAGUAGCAGCAGAAGUCCUUACACGUAAAUUUGACGAGCUUGAUCAUCUGACCACUAAGGAAGAUCGGAACAAGUUCUACCAGGUUUUCUAUGGUGCCUUUGAUGACCAGUUUGCUGCAAUGGAUGCUAUUCUAAAUGGGAAAGAAUCAUUUUCGCUCCAGGCAUUCAAGAAUGUGCUGGACAAAUAUUUAGGAGUAAACUUCGUUGGGUCUUCAAUACCAGGGAUCAGAUGAAGUGUCUGUUGAGCCACAAAGUUGGUCCCUCUAGAAUCUUAAGGGAGCAAAUUAAUGCAUAUUUUCUGUAAACCUUUUCUUCUUUUAAAAUUAAUUCCAAUUUUGACUAUAACAGUAAUGCUGUAUGAGUCCUAACAUGUUUUUUUUUUCCUUUAGUUGGACAUACCUUGUAUGUUUUCAUGGAAACCAAUUUGAUACUUUAGUACUAGCUUUCUACAGCUAUUUUUUUUUUUUAAAUAAAUAAAUGAACUGAAAAUAUUUGAGGUA